AUGAAACCAGAGGAGGUCAAGAUUCACCAUUUCGACCUUAAUACGUCUAAUUCGUGGUUCAGAGAGCUCAAGAACCAUGUGACAUUAGUACAGUUACGCCGACAAGACAUUGUAGUACCGAACGGCUACAAGUUGUCCGAUCUAGUACUCGCCCACCAGGCGGAUAUUAUCCGGCUCGCAGUCUUAGCGCAGGAAGGCGGCAUUUAUCUUGAUACGGACGUUUACAUUCUUAGGCCUUUUAAGCACUUACUUACUAACCCGCGCGACAUUCUUCUCGGCCACGAGGGCGGCGAUCGAUAUGGUCUAUGUAACGCUGUCAUCUUAGCCCGCGCUGGCAGCGAGUUUAUUUCCAUCUGGCAAGAUAGCUAUAAGACGUUCGAUGAGGCGAAAUGGGCUGAACAUUCAGUUCUGAUGCCGAAGAGACUCCAAGUCCAGCACAAGGAUCUUAUCUGCCCGCUUUCACCUCCAGUCUUCUACUGGCCCUUCUGGGAAUCGUGGAAUGUGCAAUAUAUGCACGAUCCAAUUGGUGCCGAUGACAUUGCACUCCUUCAGGACAACAUGGACGCAUGGGGUGGGUCGAUGUACGAGAGCCAGCUAGCAUAUCACUCGUGGGGUGGCCACGCCUAUCUCCGAGAACUCACACCCGAUGUGGUAAAGGAGAAGGAUUCACGAUUCAACUUACUCAUGAGGCAUAUCGCACAGGUCCCGUUGGGAUGA